CUCUCUCUCUCUCUGUCUCUCUCUCUCUCUCUUCCUUUAUUUCUUGUUUCCUCUCACCACUCAAGCUUCUCUUCAAGACAAAGUACGCCUCUUUCUCUCUCCCUGUCUUCUCUGGGUCUUGAACAAGUCCCAGAGACUCGCGGGUUCAUAAAGAAAUGCAGAUUGAGAGACAGCUGUAAAGGGAAAUAAGUCUCCCUUAUUCUCUUUUUAGUCUCUCUCUCUCUGUCUCUUUAUUUUCUUUGAAAUUGCAACAGCCAUUUAAAAGAGGCUGAAGAUCAAUAAUUUGGAAAAGAUUCUUGGGUUUUGGUGGGUUUUUGAUUCUUUAACUUAGAGACUUGUGAGGAUGUUUGGGUGUGAUUGUUUUUAUUGGACCCAAGUUAAUGAAUUCUACUUUCCAGAGCCUCAGCCUUUCUCUUUGCCUGCUCCAAUUCCACAGUGGCCUCAAGGUCAAGGAUUUGCUACUGAAAGAAUAAACCUGGGAGAACUAAAAGUCAUCAAAAUUACCCAAUUUGAGAGUGUCUGGAGCUGCAGCCUCUUGCAUGGAAAAAAGAAUGGAGUCACAUUUUAUAGGCCUGUUGGGAUCCCUGAUGGUUUUUAUUGCCUUGGCCAUUACUGUCAGUCUAACGAUCAACCAUUGAGAGGCUACGUACUUGUGGCUUGUGAUGCCAACACCAAGAAACCAGAAGUUGGCCAUCUCCGUCAAUCAAAAUCAGGCUUUCCAGCUCUAAAACAGCCCCUUAACUACUCAUUGAUUUGGAGUACUAAUUCACAUGAUGAUGGUUCCGGUUAUUUUUGGCUGCCAAACCCCCCAGCUGGUUAUAAGGCUAUGGGUGUUCUGGUCACUAACAAGCCAGAGGAGCCUAGUGUUGAAGAAGUGAGAUGCGUUCGAGCAGAUCUUACAGAAAAAUGUGAAACUUGUGAUCUAAUAAUUUCCUCAGAUUCAAAAACUUUCAAGAACCAAUUUCAGAUCUGGAACACAAGACCCUGCAAAAGGGGAAUGUUUGCUAAAGGUGUUCCUGUUGGGACAUUCUACUGUGGUACCUACUUGAGUUCUGAAGAUGACCUGCUAGAUGUUGCCUGUUUAAAGAAUCUUGACAGCACCCUACAGGCAAUGCCAAAUCUGGACCAAAUUCAUGCACUCAUUAAGCAUUAUGGCCCUACUGUAUUCUUCCAUCCCGAUGAAGAUUACUUGCCAUCAUCAGUGCAGUGGUUCUUCAAAAAUGGAGCACUUUUGUGCCAAGAAGGCAAGGAUGAGGGUGAACGGAUUGACUAUAGGGGUUCAAACUUGCCUAGUGGAGGUGAAAAUGAUGGGGAAUAUUGGAUUGAUUUGCCAAAUGAUGAUGAUGCAAGAAAUAAUAUCAAAAGAGGAGAUUUAGAGAGUGCUGAGCUUUAUGUUCAUGUGAAACCAGUGCUUGGAGGAACUUUUACUGAUAUUGCAAUGUGGGUAUUUUGUCCCUUCAAUGGACCAGCCACCCUUAAAGUUGGGUUAAUGAGUAUACCUAUGACAAAGAUUGGGCAACAUGUGGGUGACUGGGAGCACUUCACUCUUCGUAUAAGCAACUUCACAGGAGAACUAUGGCAAGUCUUCUUCUCAGAGCACAGUGGUGGCCGAUGGGUGGAUGCUUCUGAUUUGGAGUUCAUUGAAGGCAAUAAGCCGAUUGUUUAUUCGUCAAAACAUGGUCAUGCUAGUUACCCUCACCCUGGUACUUACCUUCAAGGAUCAACAAAAUUUGGGAUUGGAGUGAGAAAUGAUGCUGCUCGAAGUAACUAUUAUGUGGAUUCAAGCACAAGGUAUCAGCUUAUUGCAGCUGAGUAUCUUGGGGAUGGAGUUGUGACAGAGCCAUGUUGGUUGCAGUUUAUGAGAGAAUGGGGUCCAACCAUUGUAUAUGAUUCGAGAUCUGAACUAGAUAAGAUUAUUAAUCUCCUCCCAUUCUUUGUUAGAUUCUCAGUAGAGAACAUCUUUGACCUGUUCCCAACAGAGCUUUAUGGUGAGGAGGGGCCAACUGGACCGAAGGUAAAAGAUAACUGGUUGGGAGAUGAAAUAUGCUAGUUUGGCUGCGUGCAAACUCUCAUUUUACUUUCCCAAUUUAUCUGGCUGGGAAUGUUGGUAGAUGGUUAGGCAAAACUAUGAUUUCUGCAGUUGGAUUUGGAUUUGGAUCUGGAUCAUCACCUAUAGAGUGUUGUAUAGAGUGAACUUGCUGUGAAGAGAAUGCAUUGCCUUGUGUUCACAAGAAGCACGCAAUUCUGUAUAGACUACAGACCUGGCACAGGAGUUCAUGCCGCAGCCAGACAUGAGAACAGUUACAAUUAUGCUUCACUGAGAUCAACAGCAUUGAUGACCUGAUUACCAAUAUCGGCUGAUGUUUUUUUAUUGCAUCAUUUGAAAUCUGUACUGAAGUGUUUGCUAUUGUAAUACGAGGACAAGGGUUGAUGGGAGCUGAUACUCCCUCUGUUAGAUAUAUGCCUAUGUACCAAUAUAUUGAUGCCUUGCCAUGGAGUGGUAUUGUAGAGUAACGAAAGCUGUUGAAUGCAAUUUGUCAUAAAUCGUUAUCAA